AUGGUAGAUCAGUCUAAAGAACUUUCCAGCAAAGAUUUUCCUGAAAAAAGUUUAGGUUAUCGUUUUCCUAGUUUUGAAGAUUUUCGCAAAGAGUUAAGUGAUAAAGGUGGUAAAAAUACUAGCGGAGAUACUUCAAAAUAUCAGCCUCUAUCCAAAGAAUUAACUCAAAAGACUGAUCAAUAUGGAAGCGUUUCAACUUUUGACCAAAAAUCAGAUACUAAUAUUACUACUCAUAAAGGAGUUAAUUAUGCUCCGCUGGAUGCCCAUGAUAUUUUGAAAGAAUAUUUUGAUACUGGGAAUUGGGCUAAAUAUUUAGAAGCCUUGAAAAUGUAUCAUGAGCAAAAUGAAGAAGAAUAUGGAAAAUUACCUGAUACUUCCAACCGAAAACCUCGGGUUGCUAUUCGAACUAAAUAUGGUGAAAAUUUACUUAAAGCCUAUCAAAAAGAAUUAAAAAGACAAGGAGAAUUUAAACUAAUUACUAAAGAGGAAUUUUUGGCUCGAAUUAGAGGAGAAAGAGAAGGGUUCACUAAAGUAGUCGGUGGGGAAAAACCUGAACAAUUAAUGAUUGGUUUAUUGGGAGAUCCAGGAUUGGGGAAAACUUAUAUUUGCCAAGCGAUUGGCAAAGCCUUAGGAACUGGAUAUUAUCGAAUUUCCUUAAACGGGAAAAACUCUUCUUCAAUAAUCUAUGGAAGUUCCAUUGAAAAUCCGGGGGCUGAAAUGGGAGGAAUUGUUAAAGCAAUUAGUGAAAAUAAAAGCCAAUUCGCAGUAUUUUUUAUUGAUGAGAUAGAAAAAGCAGGAAAAGAAGCCAAAGAUGCGAUUGGUGAACCAACUGACCGGACUGGAAAUAGUGAAUUUAAGGAUGCUUUGUAUGAUUUCAUAACUCCUUGUAAUAACUUAUUAUUCUUUUGUGCCUUAAAUUAUGCCGAAGAAUUACCAGAUUUUAUUCGCGACCGAUUUACCAUGAUUGAAAUAAAACCUCCUUCUUAUAAGCAAAGAAUAGAGAUUUUAAGGGCUAUAUUAAUGAAAGCGUUAUUAAAAAAGGCUUUAACUAAAACCAUGAGUAUUCGGGGAGCCAAAAGUAAUAUUGCUAGAUUUCGCCCAAAAGAAGAAGAUGAUAUUGGGGAUAAAAGAAGAGGUCGCCCCGCUUGUCCUUUUGGUGAAGAAAGAGCAGAAAAGAAGAGUUCCAACUUAGAACACCGAAAAGGUUGUAAGUGCUUUUUAGGAAAUUUAAAACGAGUUCCAGGAUGA